AUGCGCGUUCUGUGGCUCCUCGUCGUGCUGGCCCCCCUCUCAGGAGCCGUGUCGGUCUCGCAGAGGCGCAAGGUCGUGCAGUCGUUCAAUGUCCGCCGCAAUACCAGCUCGAGCACGACGCCGCUGCAGGUUGGCAACGGCAACUUUGCCUUUGGCGCCGACGUGACCGGCCUGCAGACCUUCCAGCCCUACGCCAUAUUGUCGACCUGGGGCUGGCACAACUUCAGUCUGCCGACGACGGUGAAUCAGACCUCUGUUGAAGAUUUCACCGGCCUGGAAUGGUGGACACACGGCAGGCUGGUGACAUAUGCCCAGCCAAACCCGGCCGAGAACGACAUAUCAACAUGGCUUAUACAGAACCCCCAGAGGACCAACCUGGCCAACGUGGGUUUUACCUUUGGCACGUCCAAUGUCACCGAGAGCAACCUCGAGCAAAAGACGCAGCUGCUCGACAUGUGGUCAGGGAAGCUCUCGUCGUCGUUUGUUUACAAUGGAUCUGCCGUUGCCGUCGAGACGUGGGCUGACCCCGAGUCGGAUACUGCGGCAAUCAUCAUUGAGUCUGAGCUGCUCACGACCGGGUUGGGUCUCUUCCUCGACUUCCCCUAUCCUGACCGAAACAAGUUCGAUGCUCCGUUUGUGGGGGUCUGGAACGCAACCUCCAGUCACUCGACCGUUCUACGGGACGCGUCGAGCCAUUCGGCCACCAUCCAGCACACUAUGGACCAGAACACGUACUUCACAAACGUGGCGUGGGAAGGCCGUGCAGCCAUAGCCGGACCUGCCGACGGGACUCAUCGCUACUUCAUCACGGCGGAGACCAACCGACUGCAGCUGACUCUUUCCUUUUCGCCUGAGCCCCAGACGAAAACGGGCACACCCCAGGGUAUUGCGUCGGCGUCUCGCGACUGGUGGCUGUCGUUCUGGUCGUCUGGGGCUUUCAUCGACCUCUCGGCUGCCAACUCGACGGAUGCCACGGAGCUCCAGCGGCGGAUUAUCACCUCACAGUACCUCUUAGCCGUGAACUCGGCGUCGUCCAACCCGCCCCAGGAGUCAGGCCUGGUCAAUAACGGGUGGUACGGCAAGUUCCACCUCGAGAUGAACCUCUGGCACACCCUACCCUUUGCGCGGUGGGGCCAGUUCCCGCUCCUCUGGCGGAGCCUCCCCGACUUGUACGAGCGGUUCCUCGCAACGUCCCUCGAGCGCGCCGGCACCCAGGGCUACGCCGGCGCCCGCUGGGGCAAGAUGACGGACCCGACGGGCCGUAGCGCGCCCGGCGAGAUCAACUCGCUGCUGAUCUGGCAGCAGCCUCACCCUAUGUACUUCGCCGAGACUGAGUACCGGUCGUUCCCCAACGCAACGACGCUGCAGCGGUGGGACGGCGUGCUGGCGGCCACGGCCGACUUCAUGGCGUCGUUCGCCUUCCUCAACGCGUCGACCGGCGUCUACGACCUCGGCCCGCCCAUGUACCCCGUGGCCGAGAACACGCCGCCCAACGCCACGGUCAACCCGACCUUCGAGCUGGCCUACUGGCGCUUCGGGCUCGACGUGGCGGCGCGCUGGCGGGCGCGACAGGGCCGCCCGGUGCCCCCCGCGUGGACCGCCGUGCGCGACGGCCUAGCGCCGCUGCCCGUUGUCGACGGCACGUACGCCGUCUACGAGGGCAUCCCGCACAUGUGGACGGACCGCGCCACCACGAGCGACCAUCCAGCCAUGGCGGGCAUCUUUGGGCUGCUGCCGCCGCCGGCGAGCGGGCCGCCGCUCGACCCUGCCGUGCUGCGCGCCACCGCCGCUAAGAUCAAGGCCGUGUGGCCGCUCGACGAGUCGUACGGCUGGGACUUUGCCCUGCUCGCCAUGAACUCGCUGCGCCUUGGUAACGUCGCCCAGGCUGCAGACUACCUCCUGCACCCCGUCUUCCAGUUUGAUGAUGCUGGAUACCCCGUCGGCGGCGCGCGCGUCCCAACCCCUUACUUCCCCAACUCGGCCUCGCUGCUGCUCGCCGCCGCUAUGAUGGCCGGCGGCUGGGACGGCGACGAGGGCCCGCACUUCCCGGCCGGCUGGGCUGUGGACGUCGACGGCUUUGUGCCGGCCAUGUAG